CUAAAGACAAUCUUCCUGCCAUUGAGUCUGGAAUCCAAGUUCCUGGACACUGCCAUGCCAAACACUCAGAAGAAGUUGGAAACAUGUGGCAUACUGUGUGGUAAACUCAGCCUUGAUGCCUUCUUCAUCACCACUUUGGUCAUCCCCCAGCAGGAAUCUACGGAAAAUACAUGCCAGACAAAGGAUGAGGAGACCAUGUUUGAAUUCAUAGACUCAAAGGACCUAUUUGUACUGGGUUGGAUCCAUACUCACCCGACACAAUCAUGCUUUCUGAGCUCUAUCGACCUGCACACUCAUAAUGCCUAUCAAAUCAUGCUCCCUGAGGCCAUUGCCAUGGUGUGCUCUCCCUCAAAGACACCAAGUCUGGGGAUCUUCAGACUAACAGACCCGACAGGUAUAAACAUCAUAAGCAAGUGCAAUAGAGCAGGAUUCCAUCCACAUGACGAGCAUGGAUUGUACACGACAUGUGAUAGAAAACAGCAUGCUGGCCAUGUCAUUACAAAAGAUGGCCUACCAUUCGAAUGUGUUGAUUUGAGG